CCGGGCCCCGCGCCCAUGUGCUGCCGGCACCCGCGGCGGCAGCCCCAGCGCCCGGCGUGAGAGGACUUUUGUCUUCAUGAUGGGAGGAAACAUCCCCCUGGCUUUUAGGAUCCGAGCUUCUCUUGUUGUGAGGAUUUGCCAAGGCUGAGAGACUCUGGAUUAUCCCUAACUUCUAAAAUACAGAGGGGCUUUCUGUCUCUCCAUUGUGAGGGGCUUGGUGCAGACGUGAAGAUGGCUUCCAGCCUCACCUGCGCCGGUGUGGUCUGGGCUUUCCUCUCCUUCCUCUGUGCAGCGGCAUCCUGUGUGGGCUUCUUCAUGCCCUACUGGCUCUUGGGAUCUCAACUGGAGAAGUCGGUUUCCUUUGGCACUUUCCGGAGGUGCUCCUACCCGGUGCGGGAUGAGAGCCGCCAAACGACCAUCAUGGUGGAGCAGUGCGGCCGCUACGCCUCCUUCCAGGCCAUCCCCAGCACCGAGUGGCGGAUCUGCACGGUGGUGACGGGCCUGGGCUGCGGGCUGCUCCUCCUGGUGGCCCUGACUGCCCUCAUGGGCUGCUGCGUGUCCGAGCUCAUCUCCAGGACCGUGGGCAGGGUGGCAGGAGGCAUCCAGUUCCUGGGAGGUCUGUUGAUUGGCUCUGGUUGUGCUCUCUAUCCUCUUGGAUGGGACAGUGAAGAAGUCAGACAAACCUGUGGCAACCUUUCCAACCAGUUUGAAUUGGGAACCUGCGAAAUCGGCUGGGCUUACUACUGCACAGGUGGGGGUGCGGCGGCAGCCAUGCUGGUGUGCACCUGGCUGGCCUGCUUCUCGGGCAAGAAGCAGAAGCAGUAUCCCUACUGAGCAGCCCCGGGUGCGGGCAGCUGCCAGAAGCACAAGGGCCUACAGGUGUCUUCUGGACCACAGUGACAACAAAAAGGAAAAUUUUAAGUGCUUUCGUUCUGAAACUCAGUAGGAUGGGCUGGUGGGUGGCACUGGGAGCCCAGGGGAAGAAGGUGAACCAUGGACCAAAGCCACCCCGCCAGGCAGGCUGGGGAAGGGCCUCCUCACCACCCCGCAGAAAUAUAACCAUGUAAACAAGGAAAACUCCACUUUGGCAAAUUGUGACAUUCUGCGUGCACCAAUUAAUGGCGGGAUUAGUGAGGAAAAGAUAUUGCUGGGAGGCUGGGGUAAUGCCCCUGCAAUGCGGUGUUCCCAAAAGCACACACACAGAUGUUGACCAUGGCACAAAAUGACUAGAGAGAAAAACCUUUUUGGUGCGAUUCUUCUUUCUUUCUUUCUUUUUUUUUUUUUUUUU